CGGUUGAUACUCAGUCCUCCCCUAGCGGCCAUGGCCCUUCCCGUCAUUCCCUAUGAACAGCGGCUUCUCAUCAUGGCGGACCCUCGGGAGAAGGCGCUGCAGGACUACAGAAAGAAGCUGCUGGAGCACAAAGAGAUAGACGGUCGGCUUAAGGAGUUAAGAGAACAACUAAAGGAGUUAACAAAGCAGUAUGAAAAAUCAGAAAAUGAUCUUAAGGCGUUGCAAAGUGUUGGACAGAUUGUUGGAGAAGUUCUUAAACAGUUAACAGAGGAAAAAUUCAUUGUAAAAGCUACUAAUGGACCAAGAUACGUUGUAGGCUGUCGUCGACAGCUUGACAAAAGUAAACUAAAACCAGGAACAAGAGUUGCAUUGGAUAUGACUACUCUGACUAUAAUGCGUUAUUUGCCUCGUGAAGUAGACCCCCUUGUGUACAACAUGUCUCAUGAAGAUCCUGGAGAUGUGUCAUAUUCUGAAAUUGGUGGACUUUCUGAACAAAUCAGAGAGCUACGCGAGGUUAUUGAAUUACCUCUUACAAAUCCAGAGUUAUUUCAGCGUGUAGGAAUUAUACCGCCAAAGGGAUGUCUGCUGUAUGGCCCACCAGGUACUGGAAAAACACUCUUAGCAAGAGCUGUUGCUAGCCAGUUGGAUUGCAAUUUCUUGAAGGAGAUUUUGGCUACUUUGGACUACUCCAACCCUCCUGUCGUCAACCAUAAGAAAUCAAGUGGUCGGCGUUUCUCUGAAGGUACAUCAGCUGAUAGAGAAAUUCAGAGAACUCUAAUGGAGUUGCUGAAUCAGAUGGAUGGAUUUGAUACCUUGCACAGAGUAAAAAUGAUCAUGGCCACUAAUCGUCCAGACACAUUAGAUCCUGCCUUGCUACGUCCUGGGAGGCUUGAUAGAAAAAUCCAUAUUGAGCUGCCAAAUGAGCAAGCAAGGUUAGAUAUUUUGAAGAUCCAUGCUGGUCCAAUAACCAAACAUGGUGAAAUAGACUAUGAAGCCAUUGUGAAACUUUCUGAUGGAUUUAAUGGAGCAGAUCUGAGAAAUGUCUGUACAGAAGCUGGAAUGUUUGCAAUCCGGGCUGAUCAUGAUUUUGUGGUCCAAGAAGACUUUAUGAAAGCUGUCCGCAAAGUUGCAGAUUCUAAGAAACUAGAGUCUAAACUAGACUACAAACCUGUCUAAGAUCAACAAAAGACUGCAUGGAUAUUUGGCUUAUGUUUAAAAGGGUCAUCUUCUUCCUCCUGGUUAUGGUUUCUAUUAAAAGUACAUGUAACAUCAUAAGACUGAGUAAUUUGAUGAUUUCUGGAGCAAGUCUGCUACAGAAAAUAUUCUGUAUUCCUACAAUGCUGCAUUCGGUGCAGCUCGGAAAAGAUUUGCAAUGAAAACCCUUUAAUGUCUGAAGAAAUUAGAGAUCCCCAAAUAAUGGGGAAGAACAUAGCAGAUUUUAAGACAUUUACUGUGUUUCGUAAGAAGUAUUUUAUAUCAACUGACUUUUGUUUUUUCCUUUCCAAGUUAAAUAAACCACGUUUAAAUUGGG